AUGUCUUCUCUCAUUGCUAUGCUCGCUCUAGCUCUCACCAAGACCACUUCACGAGCCUUCGAGUGCCCAUACGAAUACCUUCUCCACGUCUACGGUCCACAUCACUUCAAGAAGAUCAUCUCGUUUCUCCGACCGAACCUGGAGACCGAAGAUCCGCAGCUUUACGCUCUCGCUCUCGAAGCCUUGGAUGCAGUCCAUUUCGGAGCCAUCCUGGUGGACGAUGUCACGGAUGGUUCAAAGCUCCGGAAAGGCCAGAUGGCAGCGCAUCACAUCUACGGAUCCUCGGAGACGAUAAAUCGCGCCUAUCUCGUCAUCUUGAAUGUGACGAUGAAGUGCCAAAAAGAGCGUCCGGAACUUGUACCAUUUAUUCUGGAUUGCAUCACCGAGAUCCACCAAGGGCAAGACGAUUCGCUUGUCUGGCGUCGCGAUGGCUUCCGCUUCCCAGAAAAGUCUGAGGAAGCUCUUCUACGGUACCGCCGUUGCGCAUCAAUGAAGACUGGAGCUAUGUUCAAGCUCGUGGGUCAGCUCAUCACGUGCUCUCACGAGCUGGACGAGCUCAUGAACGAAUACGGGUGGUACUGCCAGCUGCAGAACGACUGCAAGAACGUCUUCUCCUCUGACGUUGUGGCUGGAAAAGGCGCCCUUGCCGAAGAUCUCAUCAAUGGCGAAUACACCUACCCCAUUCUGGUGGGACUAUAUGCAUCAGACCACAUCAAGGCAGCUAUUUUGGACGCAUUCGAUCGGCGAAGGAAUAACGCAGCUGAAUCGGAAGCUGCAUUGCACCGCGCCGUCCUCGCACUUCAGAGGGAAGAAGUCCGCAGCGUGUGCCUGAAAGACCUGGAAGACGCGAGACACCGGAAUCAGCAUUUCGCUUCACUGUGGGGCAGGCAAGAGAUGAUGUCGCUUUCCUCCUCGUAA